AUGGACCGCCUCGUCGCCUUCUCCCGCCGCCGCCGCCGCUGGAUCCUCCUCGCCGCGGCCGGCGCGGCGGCGGCGGCGGCCGUUGGCGCGUACAAGAUCUACCACCACCCGGCCGUCGCGGAGCGGCGCCGCCGCCUCGUGCGCCUCGCCGCCGCCAUCGCGGCCUUCGCUGACGCCGCCGCGUCGUCCGCCGACAGCGCGGCGCUGGUGGCCUCCGAUCUGGCCGACUUCGUCCGGUCCGACGCGGACGAGGUCCCCCGCAGCGUCAAGCAGCUGGCCAAGCUCGCUGCCUCCCCUGAGGUCUCCGCCACCGUCUCCACCCUGUCCGAGGCGGUGACCUCCGGGAUGCUUCGCGGCGCGGGAUCCUCUAGCUCCGGGCCCGGAUCCGGCGGUACCGUGGCCCUCUCCGAUCGUCUCGUAGACAAGCUCUUCUCCGACUCAGGCGAGCGCCUCGCGGCCGCGGUUGCCGGGAGCUUCGCCCGCCAUCUCGUGCUCGCCUUUUACGCCGCUCCUUCACCUCAGGGGGAGGCGUCCUCCUCCCCGACGAUGUGGGUCAACGUGGUUGCGACUGGAAAGUGCCGGAAGGCGAUAAGCAACUGGGUUGAGGUCUUUGUGGGCACCGCUGUGAGGGAGUUCAUUGACAAGACCAUCCACAUCAACACCUACGAGCAGCUCUUCGAAGGCCUCACCAAUCCGAAACAUGAUGCCAAGGUCAAGGAAUUGCUUGUUUCAGUGUGCAAUGGUGCGGUUGAGACUUUGGUGAAGACCACUCACCAUGCCCUGUACACUACUAAUGGCAAAUUGGAUGCAAAUGGUAGUGGCAGUGGUAAUGGCAAUGGCAAUGGAGUUGGGGAAGGGUGGGUGGAGACGGUGUCAAGCACAUUGGCAGUUCCUAGCAACAGGAAGUUUGUGCUUGAUGUUACAGGGAGGGUCACAUUUGAGACAGUGAGGUCAUUUCUGGAGUUUGUUCUUUGGAAGCUGCAGGAUGGGGCAAGGAAGGGCAGUGACUCUGUUGUUGACAGUGGGCUGCGCGUCUUGAGGUAUAUGAGCGAUAAGUCCAUGGUUAUCGCUACGAUCUGCAUUACAUUGUGCUUGCAUGUGUUGAAUGGGACUAGGCUCUUGGUAACAGCUUGA